AGUCGUCGACGGGAUUGCAGUAGACACACGUUCCGUAAAAAAGAGCGAGAGUUCGUCGUUAUGCCAUACGAGUGAAACAACAACAAGAAGAGAAAAAUAAACCCAACGAAAACGUCUGAAUGAGAGAAAUAAAAUCUAUUUUAAGUCUAUACAAUGAGCAGGAGCACGCGCACAUUCGAUCGAAUUUCAGAUUUUACGAGCAAAAUAAUGUUGUAUGUACGGAGGUUUUCGGUUCGUUGGUGCUGCUACUGCUUACGAUCAACGUCGACGAAUCAGUUUCUCAACAGUCCGAAUCACGAAUCAAAGAGACGUUUUCAGUUGAAACUAAACUGUUCUUUUAUAAGCGUUUGCAAUCGGUUCGAAGAAGAGAGAAAAAGUUUUUUUUUUUCAUUGGUUAAAAAGUGCAUUAUUUCUUCGAAUAUGCAUAUUCAUUUAACAAACCGAGAUUAUUUGUUGAUCUGAUUGAAUUCGGAUUUGCAUUUGUUUCACAUCCAGGAUUGAUGCUCUGUGCAAAAGAAGAUUCGAGAAGUGCGCAACAACAAAAGCAACGGGAGAAAACGGGAUGCAAUAAAAAAAAUGCAGUGGAAAAUCUGUAUGUUUCAAGUGUGAAUAUGGUGAAAAGGUGUGAUUAUCGAUGAAGUUACAUCGAGAUUUAUGUGUGCUAUAUACAAGUGAAUUGAAUGGCAAGCGUAACGAUUCGUUUUUUUUGUGUGCAUUGGGUGGACAGCAGAGAUAGAAUGAAAAAGUAUCCGCCAUUUUAAUUUCACUUCCUACUUUUUUUCUUCGCUCGCACAAUUUUCGUUUUCUACGCCAAAUCAACGAAUAUAGCAACAUCUCGCUCGCAGAUUCAAAGUUCACGAACACAUUUGCACCAAUCAAUACAGCUGCGCUGUGAGAAAGCGAACGAGAACACACACAAGAGAAGUAGAGAAAAAAAAACAUCAACGUCAAAGUCGAUUUAUUGGCUCAAGUGUUGUGAAAGAAUUUUUCAUGUUAAUAUUUAUAUACACUCAUUUAAAAAAAAAUGUGACAUUGAUGAUAGCAUGAUAUAAGUUAAUAAGUGAUUGAAUAUGCGGAUUUAGAGAGAAAACGGAACUAUUUUGAACUUCUGCUUUUUCAUUCAUUCGCACAGCCAAGGACGAAGUCCAUCAGACCUGGGGAAGAAGAGAAAAAAAGGACAAUAAAUUUGUGAAGGAAACUGAGUAACAUUAGGACGAUUUCAAAAUGGUGAUUGGAGACAAAGACGAAGCACAGCCAGGCGGUGUCACACAAAUGCCGCCCGCAUCCAUUGAUAACAUAAUGAGUGGUAUCAGCAAUACUGGCUCAGUCAAAAUGAAUAAUCAUCGAAAGAAACUGCGGCAAAGGUUCGACAUAAUCAAAAAGCUGGGUCAAGGUACUUACGGUAAAGUGCAAUUAGGAAUAAACAAAGAAACCAGUCAAGAUGUUGCAAUUAAAACGAUAAAAAAAUGUAAAAUCGAAACGGAGGCCGAUUUGGUGCGCAUCCGACGAGAAGUGCAAAUUAUGAGCUCCGUUCAACAUCCAAAUAUCAUUCACAUUUAUGAAGUGUUUGAAAAUCGUGAAAAAAUGGUGCUUGUGAUGGAAUUUGCGGCCGGUGGAGAACUGUACGAUUACUUAUCCGAGCGAAAAGUAUUAACGGAAGACGAAGCACGACGAAUUUUUCGACAAAUUGCUACAGCUGUGUAUUAUUGUCACAAGCAUAAAAUCUGCCAUCGAGAUUUAAAAUUAGAAAAUAUCCUACUCGACGAACAUGGCAAUGCCAAAAUUGCCGACUUUGGUUUGUCCAAUGUGUUCGAAGAGAAACGACUGUUGGCCACAUUCUGUGGUUCACCGCUUUAUGCUUCACCAGAAAUUGUGAAAGGAACACCGUAUCAAGGGCCAGAAGUUGACUGUUGGUCGUUGGGUGUUUUAUUGUAUACGUUAGUUUACGGUGCCAUGCCAUUUGAUGGAUCGAAUUUUAAGCGAUUGGUGAAACAAAUCAGUGCGGGUGAUUAUUAUGAGCCGAAGAAACCGUCGAAUGCUUCGCCACUCAUUCGAGAAAUGCUCACCGUUUGUCCGAAACGUCGGGCGACCAUCGAACAAAUUUGCAACCAUUGGUGGGUAAACGAAAGCUAUACAGCAUGUUGUUUGAACUUAGCCGAAGAGUUGGCAAAUCAAACGCCAGUUCGAUUGGAUGUGCUGUUAUCAUUGGCGCCGCCGGCUGUUACUUCCGAGCAGUUGGUUGUUCCGAAUCCCCAUGAGGUUGAGAACAAACAAAAUGUUACCCGAAGCAUGUCGGUGGGAUCGGUUCGCGAGCUCAAUGAAAUUGCAAACACAGAAGCUGAACAACGUAUCAUUGAUAUGGUUGCGGCUGGCGGUGAAGCAGCAUUAGCACCAUCACCAACGCGAACAAUCACUCCAUCGGCCACAAUGGUGGCGCAAGUGAAACGAAAACCAGAAAAUACCAUUUCCACCGAGUCCAUGACCGGUGCUCGAAAACGUGAUAAACCAACCGAACAAAUUAAAAAUACACAAUCAAAAUUGUCCAUCAGCGAAGUGAUGAAUGUCGACGAAAGCGCACAAAACGACGGGCCAAACGAAAAAAAUGUGGCCGAACUGUCGUCAUCCACUUUGCCCGAUGUCGUGAAUGACGAAGUGAAAAAAGAAGAAAAGUUGACAAAGAACAAAAACAAAGGCAGCACCGACACAAUCAUUGAAGAAGUACCGCCAACAGUGUUGCAAAAAACGCAAACCAGUGAACCAAAACCGCCAAAAACGUUUGCAAAAACGAAAACAACGGAUUUGAGUGAGGUGGCUCGAGCUCCACCAGCGCCGCCAGAGGAGAAGGUGCCGGAAGAACCAAAACCAAGCACCGAACGAAGAAAGUCACGUAUCAUGGAAGCAGCUGAACGUUUCGAGGCUGCCGCUACAGCUCCAGUUGAAAAACCGAAAAAAUUCGUUGUGAAAAAAGAUGUUGAGCGAAAAACAUCUGCACCACAACCGACGACCACUUCUUUCAUCGAAAAACCAUCAAAACCGCCAACUAAUUUGCCACAACAAAGCAGCGACAAAACAGUGAACGACAUCAGCAAAAACAAAACGGAAUUGUCUUCCGCCAAUUCGAGUGGUCAAGAUGUUGAUUUGGCCAAAAGUGAUUCGAAAAAUUCAAAUCUAUCACUGGAGGAGGCGCGACGUUCGAUGGAAAAUUCAAUAGCAUUGCUGAACCAGGCGAAAAUCGAAUCGAGCAACGAAGUGGAGCAACUGUGUGCCAAAACGGAAAAUGUUGCUGUGUCCAGCAAACAUGACGAGGGUGAGCGACAAAGAAAAUUGAAAAAUGCUCGUGAAAUCAUAGGGAAUGCUAUUCCACGAUUCAGUGGCAUGGGUGUACGCAAACCUCCAGUGCCAUUCGGUGCGAAUGGCCGAAGCAUCUCUGGAAGUGUUGUACCAUCGUCCACACGAAAUGUCUCAACACCACCGGAUCCAAGAUUGCAUGAGCGUGAAUCACCGCUUAGCGUUUAUGGUUCAAGACCGGUGGCAGCAAACGAGCCAGGCAUGAUUGAUGAAGAGCAACCGAAAGUGUCAUCCGCUGAAAUUACAUUGAAGUCAGCCACAUUGCCACGUCGCAAAAUCGGAAGACCUGAUGUGGAGCAACAACAACAGUAUCAUCCGACAUAUAAUCCAGUGUUUGCGACAUCUGGUGCCCGUGGUGGUGUAGACUUAGAGCCGCAACUGUCGACACAGCAAAAACCAAAAGAGCAUUACAUCCCAAUUCAACGCGUUGGAUACGUGGCCAAUACAUCAUCUAGUCAACGUUCGGUGUUGUCGCGUCAAUCGACCAAUGACUCUGACACAUCGGACACACAGACUGCGUCGACAGCAACCAUUGGAACGCAACCAUCGCUGCAAACAUCAAACUCAUCAUCGCAACCGAUCAAAAAGAGUCCACGUGAAUUCAUUAUUCCGAUUGCCGUUGAGGGUGGUGGUUUUGUAACACCGCGAGCCGGAAGCCUUGAGCCAUCUGAAUCGAAUCAUAGUACAAGUACAGCAUUUAGUCGUUUCAGUGGCCGGCCACGCAAAAUUAGCUCAAUUUUCAAUGAUUCAGAGGAUGAAUCAAUCAAUUCACCCUUCCAUCGUAUGCAACGGCAUACUUCAAUCGGUCGCGACAGUGACACAGAAACAAAUCAACCAGCGACUGGAUUCACAUAUCGUUUGCGCAGCACACGACCAUUCAAAAAAUUACAGGCCGAAGGAAAUGACUCGGGAAGUUCGGGCGAAGAAGAUGAUGAAGAUGGUUUUGAAAUUUUGACUGCUGAAAAUCUCUUCUCUACACUUUUGUCACGCGUUCGUGCACUAACCAAUCGCCUCAAUGUAAAAGAUGACCCGACCAGUGAUUUUCCAUCAGCACGUUUUUUGAAUAAUUUUCGUCAAACACACAGCCCAUUCUGGCAAAACGACCCCUUCUCUAGCAAGCAAUAUACUUACUAUAGCGAAUCAGUCGUAACAACAAAGAGGGAAAUUCGUUUGAACAGUUCGGGUGCAUGGCGUCACGGCAUGACUCGUGACCUUGGUACAGACAUUGAUUCUGUGUUCUCGCCUCCUCGAACCGGAGCCACAUUGCCCAAAGGCGCAAAAUUUAGGUCAAGUGGCGAAAAGAAUUCAAACGUACAACCAAUUGACUACAGCACAUCCACAUCUGAAAACGCAACCAAUCAAAAUGACAAUAAUUUAACGCAACCAAAUAAUGAAACAUUAGAUUUAGCCGAUCUGGAUCUAUCGCAAUUACGACUCACGAAAAAAGAUUUAGAAACAUUGUCGUCAAUCACACCAAGUCUACCAAAACACUUUCAAGACCAAUUACUCGCCCAAUUGCCACCGAAUCAAGCACGAAAAUUGUCGCGAACACUGUCGAUGCAGGCCACUGCACGCACACCGACUGUUUAUAAACGUAGUUUGAGCAGUGGCCGAGAAGGUGGUGCGGAUAAUGCUGAACCGGCCGCUUUGAAAACGUCAAAUUUGGAUGAAGAGAAACCAUUGGCUGGAAAUGAUGAGAAGAGUUUUGCUGGAGAUGAGCCACCUUCCUUGCUAUCGUUCGAUCGGAAUUCAGUGCUACGCAGAAGUAUAUCACGUGGUCGUGAUCCAGCCGUGCAAAGACGCAGCACAAGUGCACUACGAAAUGAAUAUCCAAGUACUCGGAUGUCAUAUACCGGAGAUUUGCGAUCGGAUUACAAUGCGACGAAACCAAAUGAUUCGUUAGCAAGCCGCUAUCGGCUGACUGACUACACAUCAGGAAUAUCUUCAACCACACUGAGACCAGAAUAUUACUCAAAACUGCCAUUACCAACAUCUUCUGCCCUCUCACCGCAAAAAUCGCCAUCGAAUGAAGCGCUUGAAUCACCAUUCCGACGCCGAUCAUCACGUGGUUUAUCACGUUUUUCCCGCCCUGAUUUUUAUGGCAGCGCGUCAAGUAUCAAUGCCACCGAUGAUAAUGCUCUGCUCAAAGUAAGAGACGAAAAAGAGCGUGAAACUCAAAAUGUUCUACGGGAAAUUCGUGAACGGAGUCGAGAUCGAUCCAGUACAAUGUCGUGCCGAAAUGAGUCACAUUCACGGGACGCAGAGAAUUUGCUAAGUAGCGAUGGUUCAAUAAACAAAGAUCAUCGUAGAAAGAGUAGCAUACCAAAUAUUCGAAUCACCGUUGACAAGCAAAAUGGACGCAUUUAUCAUACACACAACAAAAGCAUGGAACGAUGCUGUGACAUUGACGAUACGGAAAAAGUUGACGGAAAAGACAUUCGUCGGGCAAGCAUGACAAAUUCUCGAAGCUGUAUCGCUCGUCCGUCAAAUCAAAGCUCACAAAAGCAAUCGGCUUCCGAAUUUACCGAUGACAUUCUCAGUGAACUGGUGCGGCGUUCAAAGGAAUACACUGAAAAUGGUGAAUCACCGCAGAGGGACGAGAACAAAGAUGAGAAUGGAACUGUUAAGAAAACCAAGGUCAAGACAAAAGAUGGCAAGAAGACGAAAAGCAAACCAAAAGAAAUUGAAAUAGGUGAUAAUGAGACAAUUGUAAAGAAAGCGAAUAAUGAUCUAUCGAAUGAAGUUCAGUCAGUAACAUUACCGUUGCCAAAAUCGAAAAUUGCACGUCGCUUGUCGUAUCUGAGCAAAGAAGAGAGUGAAAAUGAUAAAAAGUCUGAUGUUAUUGAUAAAAAGGUGGAAAUCGAAGCAAACGGCAGCGUCGUAACAAUGAAAUCAAAUGACGCGAAAGAAGCAAAAGCGUAUCCAAAUUCAAAGUUAACCCCUCCAAAAGAGGUGACUUUGAAAGUCAAAAAGUCUUCAGUAUCCAAUUCGAUAGCACCAACCAGCAACACUCGCAAUGCAAUUACAGCCGUAAUGGAAAAAUUCAUAGAGAAGAGUACAGAACGAUUGUCACCGGGUAAAUCGAUGACGGCCAUCAAAAUCAAAAGUGAUUCGGGCGGCGAAAUAUCGCCACCAAAAACCAAGAAAAAAGUUAAGGUUGUGAAAAAAUUGGCCAAAAGUGAGCAAUCACCAACGAAAGAACCUAGUCCAAAAUCCAAUGAAACUUCCAACGAAACGUCACCGGUUAAAGAGCGAAAAUCACCGGAAAAGAAAUCGAAAUCCGGAUUUUUGUAUUCGAUUGGCCAAAAGUUUGAGAAAAUGCGUGAAAACAGUAAAAACAAGGAAAAAGAGAAGAAAAUCGCCAAAGUUAACGAAACUCCCGUUGCGGCUGCCAGUGAAAUCGAUAUAAAACUGCCGAUGAGUACGGUAGAGAAAGAACUGGCCAAAGAUGUCGAAACCGUGCAAACAAUAAUCAUCCCACGAAGAGUGAAAGACGGAAAAGGUGAAACCAUUCAAAAGGAGGAAAUAACCAUUAGACAAAUCGAAUUGCCACCGUCAAUUAGCGUGAAUUCGAUAGCAAAAGGCGAACAACGUAAAUCACGCAUCGAUGCAGUCAUACGGAAUUUGCGUGAACGUUCCGUUCCGCACACCGCUCGAGUGGAAAAUUGUGCAACCGAAAUGGCAACGGAAUCGGGUUUGCUGAAGCGUGCAGUCAGCGUUGAAGACAUGACAAAUGGUGCUGUCAAUUUUAAUAAGCAAGGAAAUGUGAACAAAGUGCUCGGUUUGUUCAGACGAAUCGAAAAGGAACAUCAGAUACAAAAUCAACAGCAGCAGCAACAGCAACAGCAACAACAACAACAAUUCCCCGGCAAUGGCGUUAAUGGUGAAUCCACAUCGAAAGAACGUCCAAGAUCCGGCGGUUUUGUGAGCAAAAUGAAGAAAAGCAACCGACCUUAUUAUACAGGAGCAAAAAGUGAUACGAUUGUUACAUUGACCGAUCAAUUUGAACGGCAAUAUCUGAGCGAAAGAGCGAAUAAUUUGAAAGAAAGUGCAGCCGCUUCGAGCACAAAGAUUCCAUUUUUACGAUCGUCAAGCAUUUCAAAAGCUGAAGCACAACCGGUUAAUUUUGAAUUUAUGACAAACGGCACCAAAGAAAAUACACCCAUCAAUGGUGUCGAUGAGAAAACUCCGUCAAAGGAUACCAAACGUGUGGGUGUUUCGAAUGAAGUGUCAAAACCACAGAUUUCAACGGUAAACGUCGAUGCCGUCGUUUCUAGUGCUUUAAGUGAAAAAGAACGAAUCCGAAACAAUAGGAAGGGCUUGGUUUUGGAUCUAAACAACGAACAAUACAACGAUCAUUUCAAGAAAAUAUCCAACGACUGCAGCAAUAAUAAUAAUUCAUAUCAUUUUGAUGCGAAUGGAAAAUCGUUAGGAAAUCAUUGCAACGGUUCGAAUGAGAAUCAUGUUAAUAAUAAUUUUGCCGGCAACGGCAAUUAUUAUCCACAAUUCUAUCCACAUUCCGAACGAAGUCAUGAGCCAUACACGCCCACCUGUGACCUAGCAACGAAUUACUCAUCGGACAACCGAAGCAUGAGAGAUGAUUGCGAAUCAACUUCAACCUUUUUGUCGCCAACUGAUGAGCCUGAACUUUGUUUCGACGAUUGGUCAGCAUGUUCGGGUUCAACAGAUGACCACUUACCAUUGCAUCCAAAACAUUUGAAAUACGCAUCAACACGAAAUCAAUCGGAACAAAACCACAAUCAACCAUCAACCUCAACUGACGCAGCUCCAUCGACGCCAUCCGAUUCAGAAAGUGUGAUCGAUCGCAUCAAACGUCGCAGCUACUACUGUCGAUUCAACGAAAAGAAGCCGAAGCGAACGAGUUCGAUUGUUGGCCCAAAUGCUCAGCGUGAGUAUUACCGUGAUAUGGCAAAUAAAUCCAAAUCGAGAGCAUCUGAUUAUUUGCCAUUGACUCCGAAUGGAUUCCAAACAGAUCAUCUGUCGGAUGGCAGUUACAGUCGAGGUGGCAGCAAAUCACCCACUCCAAUGAAUCUACCGUCGAUGAAUUUCAAAGAGAGCUCAUCGCGAGCGAAUACACCCGGCUGCUAUUCCAAUGCUGAUGAGAGUGAAAAAUAUAAACAUCCACAGUAUCAUUACCAUUUCCAUCAACGAAGCCAAACCCCAUCCCGUUCAGUCAAAAGCUCAUUCGAUCAUAAUGAUGUAACAAAAAAUAAAUCGAGUGAGUAUCUUAAUUUAAGAUCGACAUUAACAUCGCCGCCGGCUGCGAUUUCGGUUUCGAAAUACUACUCCAGUCCAGUCGGAGCAUCGUCAUCAUUACAAACGAGCGACUAUCAACACAACGGAAAUCGAUCGUAUGGACUGAGGAAUUCGGCCUAUGACAGCCUCACCACACCCAUCGUCUAUGGCACGUACAAUCCAAAACGUCGCCUGUCGACAUCGUACUUGGCCCCGGCAAUUGCAACUGCAAACAGUACAAACGGAUACUCAAGCAUACCCAAAGAUCAUUUAAGCACUAGCUGUUAUGCGACACUCGGACGUAGCAAGCCAAAGUCGUACGAUCAUCGAUCACUGACAAUGUUGGACGCCGGAUCAAUUACCCCAUCGUCCAUACUCUCCAAACGUAUCGGUAGCACCCAUUCAACAUUAGAUAAUCCAUACACACAUUCACAUUAUCGUCCCGUUCACGAUUAUGGCCAUUUUAACAGCAGAUCCAAUUUGCGCUCACCAACAAUAAUACCAAGCUCAACUAGCAAUGUUUAGAUACUCCCACAAUAUCGCAUCAACAUUUUAUCAACAACGUUCAAUCAAAACAGGAAAAGCAAAAAAAAAAGAUUAACCACAUAAAAUACUCGAAAAAAGCCGUUUCCAUUCAUACUCAAACGCAACAUAGGAAAUCAUUGAAUACGUGGUUUUUUCUUAUUUUAUGGUUUUUAAUUCGAAUAUACACAAUAGUGAAAACACACGCCUUAACCCAUUUUAAAUUCUCGGACAUUGUUUUCGACAUGAAUUUUAGCUUAAAUCCAUUUUUGUACACGAAAACAACAACAACAACCAAAAUCGCAAUAUUUUACAUAAACGAUUUUUGAUUUUCGAAUUUUUACCCUUUUUUGAGUAUAAUACAUGUUUGUUUCGGUCUCACUCGUUCGUUUGCAUAAUUAUUUGAACGAAGAAAAAAAAGGAAUGCCAGUGUUUUGACUCUAUGAAAAAAAAAAUAUAUAUACUGAAUCUCCCCUUGAUUUUAUGCAAUGAAACGAUAGAGAGAGAAAAAUCGAACGUUUGAUCUUUCACCAGAUUUUAGCAGCACGAAUAAUUUUUAAAACAUAGCAUUUAAGAGUGAGAACAUAUUUUAGCGGCAUAAAAUGUCUAGGUGAUAAGAAAAAGAGAUAAAAGAAAACGAAAGGAAAGCAAGGGUGGAAUGUGGUGCUUACAAUUAUUUGAACAAAGUUCAAUUAUUUUAACCGAAUUUAUCGGAUACAUUUUAGAAAUGACUUUUUUUUAGCUUCAGGCUUCGUCAAUAUACAAAAUACUUCAAGAAACAAGAUCUUUUAAGCAAAUACCAAUUAACUUACUUUGCCAUUAUUAUUUUCAAGUUUUGUUUGUUCGUUUUCGGUUUGAAUUUAGCGCAAUUUCGGCGAUUUUCAUUUGCCGAAUUGGAUCUUGUUUUAUUUAUUUAUUCUUAUGCGAACAAACAUGUUGCAAUUUUGAUAUUUGCACACAUCAACUUUUAGUUUUUACAAUUUUGGAUGAGAUGAGACUUUGAAAAUGGCAUUAAACGAAAGAAGAAAAACGAAAUAAUGAAAUCAAAAACAUGAGUUAGUCAAACGUAAUGCGAGUCAACCAGAUUUAGAAUUUUAAAUUUUAUUUUUUAGUUUUGAACAAAUGAAGUGGAACAAAUGUGAGAAAAAAGAAAUUGUACGUUUUAAACAAAAAAAAAUGAAACCGUAGUUUGUGAUGUAAGGUAGACCUAAUCGAAUCAUAUGUACUGGAUUACCGCACAUUUUUGCGGCCAUAUACAAUAGAUUGAAUCUAAAUAAAGUGUUUUGAAAUUACAA